GUGGGUUAUCAGUCGGCAGAACAUCUUGGUCGUGAACGGAAACGCAAGUCCCGGGUCGUGGUAACGUGUAGAUCGAGGAACACAGAAAUCGGGAGUGAAAAAACGCUAAUGUCUCUAUGCUAGCUAAUAGCUCACUCGCUCGCGGAUCGCUUUUUCGUACAAUCACCGGUAGUAGAAAGAUAAUAUCCGGAGGCGCACUCCGACGAUACAUAACAUCCGCGAGACCUGGUAAGUUGCAAUCGCACGAUGACCGCGACCGCGCCAAGGUAAACGCCAGCAAGGAGGUCACGGCGCCGGUGAAUUGUGUUAAGUGCGCCAAGGCGAACUUAUCCGCCGUCGAGGUGGCCCAUCUCGCGCCGUUACGGCAGUGCAUUCGACGGCGAACGACGCACGCCCCGGCGGUAUAGAAUUUCUAACGGUCUCUCCCGAUAUCGAAAACCUGAGCAAGAGGAGUGCUACGAGUCCUCGUACGUCGUUAGAGUAAUAAAACUUCCGAGACGAGAGAGAAAGAGAGAGGCGGGUAAUAGGGCGCGAUAGAAGGAGAGAACUGCCGGGAUGCUGCACGAGGAGCUCCAACGGGGCUCCAGCUAACACGUGGCGAUUACACACGCUACUCUGCAGUCGUGAGGGCAAGACGGUGUUACGUCGUGAGAGGCUGGGACCUCCAGGAUGCCAGGGGUGUGGAAGUUGCUACGUACGCUGAUCUAUAUGGUGGUUGGCCUGAGGAGCGUCAGUAGCAACAGUGACAUUUGGCCGCUGGAGAGACCGGAGGGGAUGCCGGCCAUCCAGUCCUUGGAAGUGAUGUGCGGAAAAGAUCACAUGGACGUGCAUCUCUCAUUUUCGCAACCCUUCGAGGGUAUCGUUUCGUCCAAGGGUCAGCACGCGGAUCCGCGAUGCAUCUACGUUCCACCGUCUACCGGCCAGACGUUCUUCUCCUUCCGGAUAGCUUAUGCGAGAUGCGGUACGAAACCGGAUAUGCACGGACAGUUUUACGAGAAUACCGUGGUGGUCCAGUACGAUAAGGACCUUCUCGAGGUUUGGGACGAGGCUAAACGAUUACGGUGCGAAUGGUUCAACGAUUACGAAAAGACCGCGUCGAAACCGCCGAUGGUUAUCGCGGACCUUGACGUCAUACAGCUGGACUUUAGAGGCGAUAACGUGGACUGCUGGAUGGAAAUUCAGCAUGGAAAGGGCCCGUGGGCGCCGCCUGUAUCCGGAAUUGUGCCUCUGGGCUCCACUCUCACUCUGGUCAUCGCAAUAAACGAUUAUCGAGGUGAGUUCGACAUGCGGGUCAAGUCGUGCGUUGCUUCGGACGGCGGCGGUCAUACGAUACAGCUCAGCGACGAGUUCGGCUGCGUGCUAAGACCGAAAAUGAUCAGCCGAUUCUUGAAGGCCCGCGGCUCGGACGAUCGCGCGACCGUCAUCACUUAUGCCUUCUUCCAUGCGUUCAAGUUCCCGGACGCGUUAAGCGUUCACAUCAAGUGCAAAGUGGAAAUAUGUCGACACGGUUGUCUGGAUCAUUGUCAAUUAAGCGGUUCCGUGGCUCAUUACAUUCAGGAGAGGAAGGAUCAGGUACGACCACAGUAUGUAGACAGCACGUCGCCCUCGAACGACGAUAAUAGUAGCACGGAUAAGGACAACCAGGACAACGCAGGUGGGGAUCAGGGUGACAAUUCUUUGUACGAUGAUGUCAUACAGAACGGCGACGAGAUGGCGUCGAUCGGCGGGCAUUUUCUGGACGUUGAGAAGUCUAUUCCAACAGCUCAGGCACAGAAAAGCAAUCGGUUACCACCGAUUGUGACUGCCGAAACACAGCAUGAUGACGAGGUCUCUUUAGAGAUCGAUUCAUCGAAGCCGCUUAUGGAACCAUCGCCGCCAGUGACCAAAUAUGAUCAGAACGAGCAAGAUCAAUUCCCACACGGGCCGCGGAAUCUCGAGGAGGAUGGAGAUGCGAUAUCAGCGACCCCGCUCAUCGGAAGUUCUGUAACCGCUCGUCGGAAACGCUCGGUGACGGUGACGGACCGGAAGGCGCGCAGCGCUGACGUCGGUGUCAGCGGUAUAUACGAGGUCAUCUCCGAGGCGGAUCUCGCCUUCAGUCCGGAUGCGCAUGCCGAGGCGGUGACAGUUUUCCAGGGUAGGAUACGCGAGGAGGUCGUAUACGGGAUCUGCUUGCCGAUGCCGGGUUUCAGCGCGCUCUUCAUCAUCGUCGCGCUCUCGGCGGUCGUUUCCGCCCUCGUUGCCGGCGCGAUGCUGCAUCGGCUGCAAGUGCAGCGAGAAGCCACCGCCGGCAACAGGGAGAGCAAUCAGACCGAUGUGCACCCUAGCAAUAACAACGGCUGGCUGUCGUACGGUCUGCUACGCGUACGUUGCACGGCGCGAUCCGCUACUCCGCAUAGUCCAGAGGAGCUGAAGCAGACGAACGUGGUAGCUUCGCAGGUCGUUGUUGAUCAGUCGGUCGAGCGAGGCUGACGAUCAGCUUUAAAGGUGCGUUUAAGGAGAGACAAUGUGCAAUAAUACGCUGUACAAAGUAUCGUAAAUGAGUGCUCGAUCAUAUUCUAUCGAGCAGAACAAUCGGGUGCAACAUGCAGAGGUGGGGAGGAAGAAAACUAUCGGCAUUAAUUGUUCGAUUGUCUUCCUGCGAUUCGCGCGAUGACAUCCAGCUUUCGCGAAUCGCAGUCGCCGACGACCCCGUUUCUGAUAAAAUACGUAGCCUGAUCUUAGCGAAUCUAUUAGUUUUUAGCAUUAGCUUUCAUAAUAUCGUGAAUAUCGUCUUUAUUUUUUUUUUGUUUUUUUUUUUUGUUUCUUGAUCAUCAUAUUUUGAAAUUUUCAAU